AUGUCCUCAACGUCUGUUCCCUCGCCAAUAUCUACUUCACCGUCAGCUCAUGUUUCUCCACGCCACGCCAAUCCUAUUAUUGCCUUUAUAAUUGGUCUUUCUAUCAUCCUAUUGGCCUCAGUCCUCAAUGCUGCCGGCCUCAACCUUACUAAAUUAGACCAUGUGAGAACUAGUUCAAUACCAAAAUCUGCUCGGAGGAAGGAUUGGAUGCGUCCUCUGUGGCUUCUUGGAAUGCUUCUCUACAUUCUAUCACAGCUUAUAGGAAGCACUCUGGCGUUGGAAUACAUGCGUGCAGAAUAUGUUGCGCCCCUCGGGUCUACGUCAUUGGUCUUUAAUUUCUUGUUCGCCCGCUUUCUGGUAGGCACUCCGGUCACAAGCACCGAUAUAUACGGAACCAUUGUGGUAAUUCUUGGCGUUAUCGGGAUUGUAGCCUUUGGAUCCAUCAACAGCGGCCUCACCAAUGAAACCGAUGUCAAACAUAUAACCUAUCUAUGGCGUCGUGGGGGAUGGCUUGGUUACUUUUUCACCAUGAGUGCAGCCCUUUUGCUUGUGCUCAUCUUUACCCAUCGACUCGAUUUUAUCCUUGCCUCCAGAACUGAUAUGGCUGCCGUACCUUUUUCUGCGGCCCGUUCAUCCCAAGGAUCGGGUCUUCCACCUCCCAAUACAUCUUUUAAGCACAGACGGUCUUUGUUAGUGCGUUUCUUUGGUGCAUUUAUUUCAAUAAAAGCGGCAUGGGAUGCGGUCAUUAGUUGGGUGACAGACCGCUUAGAAGUGUGGGUAGCCCCGAAGGACGAUACUCAGAUUGCAUGGACAUUGGGGAUCGGUUGGGCAUGCUGUGGAGGAGGGCUUGCUGGAGGAUGUCUCGUAUUUGCAAAGGCUACUGUCAAAUUGCUUUCUGGAUCGUUGUCGCAUGAAAACCCUGGAAAUCAAUUCGGACAUGUCGCGCCCAUCUUUACGAUCAUUUUGCUCUUCAUCACGGCUGUACUGCAAAUUAUCUGCCUAAAUCGCGGUCUUAAGGUAUAUGAUUCAACUCUUGUAGUACCGGUCUUUUACGGUGUUUACACCGCUACGGGCUGGUUGAAUUCUCUCAUUUUUAAUGACGAAGUCUCAGCAUACAAGUCAUGGACACUUUUUCUUAUCUCCGUUUCCAUCCUCAUAUUAAUAUCAGGCGUCGUUCUGUUAACGCACAAAAAACCCGAACCAGUGACUGGAAAAAUUAAAUCAACGACGCUUCCUCGACGGCGAAGACGUGCCUCCAAAGGACCCAAAACCGUGUCAAGACAAGGGGGGGCUAUAGAAGACGCGGGAAGUGAACAUGGAGACCGUGAAGAUCAAAUUCUUUGGGCUGUCAGCAACGAGAGCGACGAAGAGGAUGAUUUUAGCGAGACAGUUGAGGAGGAUGAAGACGUAGAUCAUCAUCAACACCCGCUCCACCAGGAAUUACCAACAGGACGUAUAACUGGGACUGGCACGAAGCACAGUGUAGCGCCGAGAGGUGCAAGGAGCGAGAUAAAUGAAUGUACAGUGUUGGUUGGAUCAGAAAGUCAUGACAGUGAUCAGUUGGAAAUCCAGAGGAGAGACGAUCGAAACACAGCCAACAGACGACGGUCUAUGGACCCAUUCAGGGAUGAUGCUGAUGACGACGAACACGAGUUAGAUGAAUUUACGAGCAUUGCUUCACGAUCCGGCAUUCCACAACGGUAG